UUGUUUUUGCUUCGAUUUCUAGUGUUUUUUAUAAUUUAUUUGGUUAAUGUUGUUUCCGAUUUUACGGGGGUGUGUGUUCGAUCCGAGCUCAAAUACUGUGUUUCGGGAUUGGUUUUUCUGUUUUCUUGUUUUCUUGCGGAAUCGUCGUAGAUCUGUGGAUUUGUAAUUUUUUCGCCGGUUACUGAUUGUUUUUUCUGCUUUGAUUUGUCUCUGAUUAUAAAAAUACGUGGAAAUCUUUUUAUGAUCCUGGUUUGUGUGUGCAUUAAUCGAUGGAUCUGAAUCGGUAUUCAAGGAAGCUUGCAGUUUAAUCUGCUACAUUUUGCAUUUCUCAAAGUGGAGGGCGUUAAGUUUGAAGCUUCUUUUAUGUCUGAACGGGCCUCUCUGUUUUUGUCAUCAAUUGGGUUGCUUGGAGAGUAUUGUCCUACGUCCAGAAAAAAGAACAGACACUCUACAGAUAAAGUUCCCUGCAUGCAUCUUGUGUUAUUAGAGGGUUGUAACACAGAUUUCCUGAGUUGCCAAUUUAUGCGACCUUUUCCUGCCUUCAGGAACUUGUCUGGCCAAGGAAAAUCCUUAGUAACAAGAACCAAUUCUGCUUCUGACUUGCGCCCCUUCUGAUAUAAUCCAGUUCAACACUCUUUAAAACAAGAUGGCUUUGCAAAACAUAGGUGCUUCAAACCGUGAUGAUGCCUUCUACAGGUAUAAAAUGCCUAAAAUGAUUACCAAGAUUGAAGGCAGAGGAAAUGGCAUCAAAACUAACGUAGUCAACAUGGUGGAGAUUGCAAAGGCCUUAGCUAGACCUGCUUCCUACACUACAAAAUAUUUUGGCUGUGAGCUUGGAGCCCAAUCCAAAUUUGAUGAGAAGACUGGAACUGCCCUUGUGAAUGGGGCUCAUGACACUGCAAAGCUUGCUGCGCUUCUUGAAAACUUUAUCAAGAAAUAUGUCCAGUGCUAUGGCUGUGGGAAUCCUGAAACUGAGAUUAUUAUCACCAAGACACAGAUGAUCACCCUUAAAUGUGCGGCUUGUGGUUUUAUUUCAGAUGUUGAUAUGAGGGACAAGCUUACGUCUUUUAUUCUUAAGAAUCCUCCUGAGCAGAAAAAGAGUUCAAAAGACAAGAAGGCGAUGAGGAGAGCUGAGAAGGAGAGGCUCAAGGAGGGUGAAGCUGCAGAUGAGGAACUGAAGAAGCUGAAGAAGGAAGCUAUAAAGAAGAAGGGUGCUUCAGGCAGUUCAAAAUCAUCAGUUAAGAAGAAAAGCAAUGGUUCUGAUGAGGAUCACUCCCCUUCUCACAGUCAAAUAGAUGAAAACGACCAUGCGGCUAAUGAUGAUGAGGAUGAUGUUCAAUGGCAGACAGACACAUCCCUGGAAGCGGCUCAGAAGCGUAUCCAGGAGCAGUUAAAUGCUGUUACUUCUGAAAUGGUCAUGCUUUCUACCCAUGAAGACAAGCAGAAGUCAUCGAAGAAAUCUCCAGAACAUGAAAAGAAAUCUGAGAUUAAUGGGCAUGAAAACGGUGCUCUUGAUUCCAACCAGGGAAAGCUUGUUGGUGAGAUAAAGGAAUGUUUGAAGAAGGGAUCUUCGAUAAGUCAGUUCAAGUCCUUUGUGGGUUCACUCUCCGGGACCUCCCAGGAAAUCAUGAAUGCCCUAUUUGAAGCUCUUUUUGAUGGUGUUGGUAAGGGAUUUGCGAAAGAGGUGGCCAAAAAGAAGAAUUAUCUAGAAGCAGUUGCUCGAGAGGGUGAAUCUCAGAUGCUUCUGUUGCAUGCUAUUGAGUACUUCUCUGCAAAAGCAAGCCCUGAGGCUGUGAAGGAGGUGCCAUUGGUUCUGAAAGCACUAUAUGACUGUGACUUGUUGGAGGAGGAAUUUAUAAUGGAGUGGUAUAAUCAGGGCUCGGUUGGCAGCAAUAAAAGCUCCCAGAUUUGGAAGAGUGUCAAGCCCUUCAUAGAGUGGCUCCAGAGUGCGGAGUCUGAAUCAGAGUAAUUCUGAAAGCAUUUCUGCAUUCAGAGGCAUAUUCCUAGUCCCGGUGGUAAAAGUUGUCUUUGGUAGUUGUUCGUCCUUGCUGAGUCUAUGUUUCCUUUUAGUCUUGAGCCCCGGUUAAAAUGGGUAGCUAAUGUGUGUUGAAAUAAAGUGAGAAGUAUUGGGGUUGGUUUCUAGCGAAACUAGGCCUAUGGUUUUCACUGUUUGCUUUAUUACCAAUUUCUGUUAUAUGCUAUGCUUUCAUGUGUUCGAGUGCAGCGUUCUGUGAUUUUGUUGUCUAUGAACUGGACGUACUAUGCUGUUUUACUAAAUUCAAGCUGGCAAUUGUUAUGUUGGUAUAAGUUUGGUUUUAUGAA